AUGCAUGUGAGANGUGGUAGACUCCGGCGUUGUUCGUGUGUCAAAGUUGGAGACCGGACGCUUGAACGGUUACGUUUGCGCUUUCAACGCUCUUCCUACGACUUCUUCGUUUUACCGCUUACGGAGAAAAGGUACAAAUUUCUUACUACUAUAAGUUUUACCUUUGGAUCUAAUAACUUUUAAAAACAAUGAACCAGAUUUAACUUUGAAGAUGUUACCUCACGUAAAAUUAACGGAGCCCCCCCACCUACGCCGUCUCUGCUUCUCUCGUCUCCAUCUCUUCCGGCGAUUCCACUCCUUCCCUGCAAUCUCUUCGGCGACCGGCGACGGCUUUCUCCCGGCGCGCUUGCAUCUCUCCCGACGAGUUUACCCACUGGAGAGUAUGUAUCAGAUUGUUCGUUCUUUAAGUGGCUACAUGACAAACGUGAAGAGACUAAGGACACUGCCACCAUGAGUAGGAAUGAGACUGCCAGGGAGUUUCAAGGCCUUAUCAUGAACUUACAAAGAGAAGUAAUAGAUGCCAACGUUCGUGAAAGAGAGGUACUGUCCAAGAAUGCAAUAUAGUAGUCAAGAAUGCAAUAUUGGAGUCAAGAAUCAGCAAAUACAAGAAACGAGAAGUGUUUUACAUAUUUUGUAUUCUCUUGUUGGUAGCAAUGUUGUUGUACCAAAAUCUUGUGAAUUGAAUGAUCAAAGUAAUGAAGUAGAUGUUACUAU